CAGCUGUGUUGUUGACGUCAUCCGAGGGCGCCGGAAAGAGAGCGCACUUGGGCAGCAGCUGAGCUGGCUGAUCGCUCGGCAUCUUCUGUUGGCUUGUCAAGCGCUUUUGGGUGCUUUGAUAGUAACUAGAGGGAAGACACGCCUUUACGCAUCGCAGAGCUUUAUUUCUCCGAAUUACGUAACUGUCAAGACAACAUUGGGAAGAUCUAAACGGACGACAUGGAUUCCGCCAAUCAAGACAUCAAUCUGAACUCUCCACAUAAAGGCCUGGGCUCUGACUCGCUCUCAGACAUGCCUGAAGAGACGGGGGCGGCCGCUGUGAGUCCUGGGACUCUCCCUCCGGGUCUGACAGAGGAGGAGGCCGAGGAACUGAGACUAGAGCUCACCAAGGUUGAGGAGGAGAUCCAAACCUUGAGACAGGUGCUGUCGGCUAAAGAGCGCCAUGCAUCGGAGCUGAAGCGUAAACUGGGCCUGAGCCCCCUGACCGAGCUCAAACAGAACAUCACCAAAAGCUGGCAGGACGUCCAGACCUCAAACGCCUAUGUGGCAGUGUCAGAGAAGCUGGGCCAGUGGAAUGAGAAGGUUACGGGAUGUGAUAUAUAUCUUUCAGCUUCUGCCACUCUGGAUGACAUUUCCAGCUCUGAAGUGUAUAAAAAGACUCAGGAAACGCUGACUCAGGCUGGACAGAAGACCUCAGCCGCCCUCUCCACCGUUGGCACGGCCAUCAGCAGGAAGCUGGGAGACAUGAGAGCUCUUCCUUUCUCUAACUCCUUUGGUAGCAACUACUCCAUUCGCCAUUCAAUAAGUAUGCCAACUAUGAGGAACUCUCAAACCUUCAAAUCAUUUGAGGACAAAGUUGAAAACAUCAAGUAUAAGGUGGUUGGAGGCAAAGCCAAUGGUGAAAGUGUCCACUCUCCGAACGAGUCCAACCCGGUGCAGGACAACGCUCCGUUCUGAACCCACCCUCUUGAUUUAAACACUCAUCUCAUUCUUUGUGAAUCCUGACUACACCCACACUUCCGUUCUCCCCUUCUCUCUCUCUCUUGUUCUGUCUGAAUUCUUUCAUCCCUCCUUCCUUUGACACCCCUUCACCUACUGCUAGCAUGUGCUUGCUCAUCUCACUGAAAACACACACGUAGUACAGAUUCUGUUAUCAUGAAAUCAUCACAAGUUGUACAAAAGAAGAAAAUGAUUAAUCAUUUUGUAUUAGAAACUAUUUUACACUGCUUUGCAUAAUGUUUUUACAUAACUUUUAUCUAUAUAUGACUAUAAUGGAAUACAAAUAACUAUUUAAACAGUACUGCCUAGCAGCAUUCAUCAAGCGGCAGACGGGUACAAAAUACACAGUGAAGAAACAUUUCAAUCUCAAGGGGGGAGGAUUUUAGACCAGUAAAGAAAAGAAACUUGCUGCUGGUUUCUAUGCUGCUGAGCAUUCAGUUGAGUUGUUUUUUUACUCUCAGUACGAUGUGAAGUGAUGCUUUGCUGUACACCUGGUGAAUGUCUGACCUUACACUCUCACUCUCUAUUGCAUCGCUGGCAAAAACGUCACAUUAACUUGUUUUUUUCUUUUUCUUUUUUUAAACUUUGCCUUUUCUUGCUCUUGUUCCGUUUUUUUUCUUUUCACUGAUGGGAAUGUUUUAUUUAUGCUGUGUUUGUCGGGAAUCUCUUGCCUUUGCUUUGUGCCAUGCUGUGUGUACCAGAUGCCAUACACCUUUUGAUGCCAGAAUGUUUCACACACACAGACUCUCACGUCACAAAGAUCACUGUUCAAUUUAAGAACUAAAAAUAAAAGUUACUCUCACUUACACAAAAUGUCAAAUGGCGAGUAGGUCCUGCUAAGUAAGUUAAAUGUCUUUUGUUAGAGGAAUUUGUUGAUUUCUAACAAAAGACGUGAACGCUAGUGUAGUCUGUAUGGUAGCACAGUCACUUUUUACCUGAAAGAUAUUGGAAUAUAUUUCAUUAUAAGUAAAUAUAAUCUUUUAUUUUGCUUAAUUUUGUUCUAUCGUGAUAUUUUAUUCACUUACAUGGGUGUCAGUUGGUGGCUUUGUUUCAGUAUAUUACACAAUGAUUACCUGCCUCAUUGUUUGAGAUGCAAGGGAUUGCACACAUUGGACUGAUGCAGAUGAUGAGAUGCCAACUAAGCCAUGUGUAAAACGCCAUAGAAUUAUGUGGAUACACCUGUAGUUCUGCAAACGGUGAAAAGAUGACGUAAGAUCAUGAACGUUCAGAGGGAAAGGACUUUUUUAUUAUUAUUUUGAGUAGUCAUUUUGGGAGUUUGUUUAGUGAGGCACCAUAUAGCUUUAAAUUUGCGUUAUCUGCCUAGCUGUUCAGAUUUAAAGGCACAGAUUGUUUUCUUUAACAACAACAACAGUGGUGUUAUGCUUCAUUUAUUUUGUCAGUUAUUUCUAUAUCAAUAAAGCAUUCGUUCAAGUGGC